UUAUUGGAUCCAACCAUGCCUUCCACUGAGGCCCUGGCAAUGCUCCGCUCUUUGGAUCAGAUGUUGCCCCCUAGAAACCCCCACAACUAUGGGAUGCCCCCAGCUGGAUCACCAUUAUUGCUGGCUUUGGAAUCCCAGGGCUCUUUUGUGAGCCAGCCAGUCUCCCAGGAAGACCCCUUCCUACCUAAGCAGCCCUUACCUGCUCCACGGAGAGCAGAGCAGUACUCCGGGGCCCAGGAAAGGGCUCCCAGGAGGAGAUCCCCAGUUUCAAGGCCUUACCGCCGUGACUAUGAGAACUGUGAAAAAGCUUACACUAAGCACUCCCACCUCGUGAGUCACCAAUGCAAACACACAGGUGAAAGGCCCUAUAAAUGCAUGUGGGAAGCCUGUACUUGGUCCUUCUUCCGUUCUGAUGAACUUAGAAGACAUGCUCGGAUACACACCAAAUACCGACCACAUAAAUGUGACCACUGCGGCCGACAGUUCAUGAGAUCUGACCAUCUCAGGCAACACCAAAGGACUCAUAUGCGGGUGCCAACAUCCCCAGACCCACCGGCUGACAGUGGACAUAUGGCUGGUCCUCCUCCUGCUCCUGGUCUUUAG